CCCCUCGCUAACGUGAGCACUGCUUGAUUCUCUCCCUCACUCCGACAGAGAGGAGCAGACGUGAAAUAACCUGACUUUUUCAAAAAAAACAACACAAUUGUGUUUUGUUAGUUUUUUUGUGUACGGACGACGCGGUUAUUUUUUUUCUUUAACAAUCCAGAAAAGUGUCGUCCGGCGUGGAUAAACUCGCUGGAGGACGUUUUAAAUCCAAAAGGUGAGUGGGGACUUUAAAACCUCCCAGAAAUGGACGCGAUGACGCUACUUUUGUUUUAAAUUUGUGUCGCAACACACUUUGAAAAAACUUUGUCGACAAAUGUGGCGCGCUGAAACCAGUCCUUCCUGCUCGGCGGAGACUCUUUGACUUGCAGGUUAAAAAAAAAAAAAAAAAGUCCUGUAGUACAACGUGUGUAAAAAAACAGGUUUUAGAAAUGGCGGGUGUAAGUAAUGUCCACAUGAAAACCUUGGAGGACCUGACUUUGGACUCUGGCUAUGGCGCGGGAGACUCCUGCAAGUCCCUCAGCCUGUCCUCCUCCAAGUCCAACUCCCAGGCCGCCACGACGACCCCUCACCGGGGCACCUGGUGGUACUACUCGGGCUCCAUGAACAGCAGGAACAACAGCUGGGACACGGUCAACACCGUCCUGCCCGAGGACCCGGAGGACAUCUUCUCCAAGUGUCCUCGCCUGCCCGACCUGGAAGAGUUCCCCUGGACCGAGGAGGACGUGGCCAAGAUACUCCGCCAGGUGGCCGAGGGCGGCGCCGCCAAGGGCGUCCACGCACCUGUCUUCAUCACGGAAGCCGUGAGGCGGCUGUCGACGCUCCUCCGCAAGGCUCUCAUCCGCAUCUCCAGGGAGGCCCAGCGUCUGAGCGUCAUGCACUGCCGCUGUACCCGCUUCCAGGUGCAGAGCGCCAUGAGGCUGGUGCUCAGCUGGUCCCUGGCGGACUACUGCGUGUCCGCCUCGGUCAAAGCCAUCUCCAUGUACAGCAUGAGUGCGGGCGAGAUGCUGAGGAAGGGCAAGUCGGCCCGCUGCGGUCUCACCUUCUCCGUGGGACGUUUCUUCAGAUGGAUGGUGGACACCCGCGUGUCCGUGCGCAUCCACGAGUACGCCGCCAUAUGCCUGACCGCCUGCAUGGAAGCUCUGGUGGAAGAGAUCGGAGCCCGAGUGCUCAUGUCUGAACGGGGCCAUCCGGGGCCUGAUGGGGGGUCGACUUGUGCGCCAGUGAGCGGCGAGGCCUUGGAAGGAGUUGUCAACAAUGACGCCGAGCUGUGGGGAGUCCUGCAGCAGUACGAACACCUGAUCUGCGGGAAGAACGCCAGCGGUGUCUUGUCAAUCCCGGCCCAAUUCAGUCCCUAUACAGAGAAUCAGCAGACUUCUGUGGACUGCAGGGAGGAUGCCUAUGCCCAGCUGGAGCUCAGGACGCUGGAACAGUCUCUGCUGGCUACCUGUGUGGGCAGUAUCUCUGAACUCAGUGAUCUGGUGUCCCGUGCCAUGCACCAUAUGCAGCGCCUGAGCUCAGUGCGCCCAGGGCUGAGUCCAGCUCGCCACUCACGCCCCCAGCAGCCUGUGUCCUGGUCACCUGACGCCCUCCACACCCUCUACUACUUCCUGCGCUGCCCGCAAAUGGAGUCCAUGGAGAAUCCCAACUUAGAUCCCCCACGCAUGGCAUUAAGCAAAGAGAGGCCAUUCCUGCUGUUGCCGCCUCUGAUGGAAUGGAUCAGAGUGGCCAUAGUUCACGCUGAACAUCGCAAGAGUCUGCUGGUGGACACUGAUGAUGUCAGACAAACUGCCAGGCUGCUCCUCCCUGGACUGGACUGUGAACCCAGACAGCUUAAGCCCGAGUGUUGCUUCAGCUCCUUCAAGCGCUUGGAUUCCAAAGGAGCCACAGACAAGUUCCACCUUGACCUGGGCUUCCGAAUGCUCAACUGCGGCCGCACGGACCUCAUCGGCCAAGCUAUUAGCUUGCUGGGGCCUGAUGGCGUCAACAGCAUGGAUGACCAGGGGAUGACCCCUCUGAUGUACGCCUGCGCUGCUGGGGAUGAGGCCCUUGUCCAGAUGCUGAUUGACGCUGGCGCCAACCUUGAUGUGGCGGUUCCCCCGUGCUCCCAGAAGCACCCGUCCGUGCAUCCUGACAGUCGACACUGGGCGGCGCUCACCUUCGCUGUGCUGCACGGACACAUCUCAGUAGUGCAGCUACUGUUGGAUGCUGGGGCCAAUGUGGAGGGCGCUGCAGUCCGUAAUGGACAGGAGAGCACGGCCGACACCCCGUUGCAGCUGGCCUCAGCAGCAGGCAACUAUGAGAUGGUGACCUUGUUGCUGGCAAGAGGUGCCGAUCCUUUAUGGAAGGCCCGCGAUGGAAACGCCCUGACAUCAUCCCUUCAUGAAGACAUGAACUGCUUCAGUCACGCUGCAGCACACGGACACAGGAACGUGCUGAGAAAGCUCCUGACUCAGCCCCACAAAGUCAAAGAGGACGUCCUGUCCCUGGAGGAGAUACUGGCUGAGGGGGUGGAGGGGGAGGAGGGUGGCACGUGCCCUUUCCUCCCUCUAACACCCCACCCCAACCCCUCCCCCGAGGGGGGCUUAGCCAGACUAUGCAAGGCCAGGAUGAAGGCUCUGCAGGAGGCCAGCUACUACAGCGCAGAGCACGGCUACCUGGACGUCACCAUGGAGCUGCGAGCGCUAGGUGUGCCAUGGAAGCUGCACGUGUGGCUGGAGUCUCUGCGCUGCGCUCAGCAGCAUUCCAGGACCGGGGUCACCUUGUCCCUUCUGAGAGAGUUCACCACCAUCAGAGAAGAAGACUACUGUGAGGAGCUGGUCACCACAGGCCUGCCGCUCUUCUUCAACAUCCUUUGCACCACCAAGAAUGACGCCAUCAUACAACAGGUGUGCAGCAUUUUGAGUCACUGCUUUGGCCCAGCACCACUUCCUGCCGUGCCCGAGAUGAAGGCAACGCUCUCAGCACAGCUGGAUCCUCACUUCCUGAACAACCAGGAAAUGUCGGACGUGACUUUCUUGGUAGAAGGAAAACCUUUCUAUGGCCACAGAGUCCUGCUGAUAACGGCCUCCGACAGAUUCAAGAAUCUACUCGCAUCCUCUGCUUCUGAUAAAAGUGGCGCCAAGCUGAUCGAGAUCAGCGAUGUCAAGUACAGCGUGUUCCAGAUGAUGAUGUCAUACCUGUACUGUGGUGGAACAGAGUCGCUGAAAACCAGAGUGUCUGAUUUGUUGGAGCUGCUGUCAGCUGCCCGUGUGUUCCAGCUGGGGGCGCUGCAGAGACAUUGUGAGCUCUUGUGCUCUCAACUCAUCAACCUGGAUAAUUCAGUCAGCAUCUACAAGACAGCCAAGAUGGCGGCGCCCGGACGGGCUUCGGCGUGGAGGGGCUGUUGGUAAAGAUGGAACAUUUGGCAAAAAUACCGGACAAUUCUGCAAAUUUCAUGGCUGGCUUACAGCGUGGUCACUCCGGGAUCACUUACGACCGCCAGACAAUUCUGGAUGUGGAUAGAUCGGGCCGUUUUGGACUGAAUGACGCGUGCUUGCUAGACCAGCUAGCUAGCAUGGGAAUACUUUGCCGGCUACAUCCAGCGGCCUGUGAAGCAGCGGAGUAUAUGUGUUGUCUGUCUAUUUAUGAAUAAUGCAGACGAGGAGUGUUGGCUGAGUUCUUAACGUUUACUUUCAGAGCGUGCAUAUCACAACAUACAAGAUGCCGUCAUGGCGACACGCAUGCUCGUCACUCCUGUUGCAUGCUGGGUAGGGUAGUUAUUCUUUUCCCUGGCUCAUAACAUCACAAUAUAGUACCAUGUAUAUGAUGCGUGCAGUUUAUCAAAGCACCAAGCAAACAAUCGGAAAAUUCCCAUCAUAUCAAUUCCUAGAUAUGGUCAUAAUUAUUUUAAGUGCACUACGCAGAAUAAACACAACAUUAUUAAUAUUGCUACUACGGAAAAUUUAAUCAAAAAUUCCCUAAAACAGCCCACUACCUAUAAUAUAGGUUUUUUAAACAUAAGAUCCCUGAUAAAAAAUGUUUUCCUGCUGUUACCUCAGAAAUUGCCUGUUCAGAUGUUAUGAUUGUGGCUCAGAGAUUUGUAUGUAGAUUAUAUUUAUUUUCCAUAACAAACAGGAUAACUUAAAUACCCUGGCAGUGGCAAUUAGCUGAAAUGUUUGGAUUUACAUUUUUUGAGUUGAUUUUCAUAAAAUAUGCUAUUUAACUGCUACUGUUUAACAAGGAAUGAUAUGAAUUGUGUUUGCACAACAAAUGUUUUGGCGCUUUUGUUCAUGUGGGAGAAUAUUCCAAUAAAGGUGCACUACACACUA